AUGGCUCCUCCACCUCCGGCCACCUUGCCUUUGGGCGAGAGAAUCAAGGCUCUGGCCCAGACUUUGCAAUUUGGUUGGUUCGUAGGACACUUGACUCUCCUUUUAUCCGUCUUCCGAUAUGGAUUGUCCUACAUCUUCUUCAACUAUUACUCCCGAUGGGCCAAGAUUUCCUAUCGUCUCGCAUUCAUUUCCGCCGCGGCUACCUAUGGAAUUGUGGUUUAUAAGCAGUAUAUUGCUCGUGGGAAGUUGUCUGGCUCUCCAUUGCAGAUUGCUGUCAAGUUGUUGAGUGAUGAGAAUGUCCAGUACCUCGGAAUGGCCCUUGUGUGGCUCUACUCUCGCCAAAUCCCCCUGGCCCUUCUUCCCUUCAGCGUCUACUCCGUCUUCCACGUGGCCACUUAUACUCGCACAUACUUGCUGCCUACUCUCCAGCCCGUUCCCCAGGGAGCUACCGGACCGACUUCUCCUGGCGGCUCCCGCCCAGCUGCCAAGCAGUCACCACUCGCAGAGACCAUUGGCAAGUUUGUCAAGCAAUACUACGACUCUAGCAUGUACCUCGUUGCAUCGCUCGAAUUGGGUCUUUUGUUCCGUCUCGUCCUUUCCGCCUUGACUUUCUCCAAGGGUAGCUGGGUCCUGUUGGUUAUCUACUUGGCCUUCUUCCGUGCUCGUUACUCUCAGAGCUCGUUUGUUCAAAGCGCCGUGACUCGAUUCACUGCUCGCGUUGAUACUUUGGUGUCCCACCAGAACACCCCCCCUCAGGUUCGUCAGGGUUGGGAGGCUUUCAAGGGCGUGACUUUCCAGGUCUAUGAGGCUUCUGAUGUGAAGCGUUACCUUGGUGCUGGACCUGCUGCUGCUGGCAAGAAGCCUCAGUAA